CCUCGGCAGGACAGGCCCGGGGUCCUACAGUUCCGCCUGGCAUCCCUGGACCUUAAACACUGGAUGGAUGUCAGCUUGGUGCCGGCCUUUGACGCUCUGGGGCCGCUCAAUUCCAACGUCAAAGUCAAACCCGCGCCCCAGGUCUACUCGACCCUCCUCAACAGCAGCUGCCAGGGCGGUGAGCAUGCGGCCUGCUUCUCAGAGCUGCGGAGGAACUUUGUGAACACUCGGCCGGCCAAGCUGAAGAACCUGAUCCUGCUGGUGAAGCACUGGUACCGCCAGGUGUGCCGGGAGGAGGCGAGGAGAGAGGUGCUGCCUCCAGCUUAUGCCCUGGAGCUGCUGACCAUCUUCGCCUGGGAGCAGGGCUGCGGGAAGAAUGCCUUCAGCCUGGCCCAAGGCCUGCGGACGGUGCUGGGUCUGAUCCAGCAGUAUCGGCACCUGUGUGUCUUCUGGACCCUGCACUAUGGCUUCGAGGAUGCUGCGGUCAGCUGCUUCUUGAGGCAGCAGCUCGAGAGACCCAGGCCUGUGAUCCUGGACCCAGCUGACCCCACGUGGGAUGUGGGGAACGGUGCAGCCUGGCGCUGGGAUAUACUGGCCCAGGAGGCAGGGUCCUGCUACGAGCGCCCGUGCUUUCUGCAGGCGGCAGGGGGCGCUGUGCAGCCCUGGGCGGGGCCUGGCCUUCCACGUGCUGGGGCCGCAGGUUUAGACCACCCCAUCCAGCGAGACUCUGCCCAGAGGUCCCCUGAGGAGAACCGCAGUCUCCACGCUGUGUGCCCCAGGACAGGGGGCAGGCGGCCCUCAGGCCCAGCUCCUGGCCCCUCGGGGGCAGCCAGCAUCAUCCCUUCCACGCUGGGGACGGCUUUGGAUCUGUCCCAGAUUGCUGCCAAGGACCUGGACCGCUUCGUCCAGGACCACCUGAAACCAAACCCCCAGUUCCAGAAGCAGGUCAGCAAGGCCAUCGAUGUCAUCUUGAGUCGCCUUCGUGAGAAGUGUGUCUACAAGGCCUCGAGAGUCAGCAAGGGGGGCUCCUUUGGCCGGGGCACAGACCUGAGGGGAGGCUGCGAUGCCGAACUUGUCCUUUUCUUCAACUGCUUCAACGACUACAAGGACCAAAUCACCCGCCGCCCACAGAUCCUUAGUGAGAUGCGGGCACAGCUGGAAUCCGGGUGGCAGGACCCAGUCCCUGGCCUGAGCCUCCAGUUUCCUGAGCGGACCGUGCCCGGGGCUUUGCAGUUCCAGCUGGUGUCCACGGCCCUAGGAAGCUGGAUGGAUGUGAUGGUGCUGCCUGUGUUUGACGCCGUGGGGCAGCUCUGCUCUGGCGCCAAACCCGCGCCCCAGGUCUACUCGACCCUCCUCAACAGCAGCUGCCAGGGCGGCGAGCACGCGGCCUGCUUCUCAGAGCUGCGGAGGAACUUUGUGAACACUCGGCCGGCCAAGUUGAAGAACCUGAUCCUGCUGGUGAAACACUGGUACCAUCAGGUCGCAGCUCAGAACAAAGGACAGCAGCCAGCCCGUGCCUCUCUGCCCCCAGUCUAUGCCCUGGAGCUCCUGACCAUCUUUGCCUGGGAGCAAGGCUGCGGGAAAGAUUCUUUCAAAACAGCUGAAGGCCUAAAGACCGUCCUAGGACUUGUCCAGCAGCACCAGAAGCUCUGUGUCUACUGGACGGUCAACUAUAGCUUUGAGGACCCAGCUAUCAGAACACACCUUCUUGGCCAGCUUCAGAAAAAGAGGCCCCUGGUCCUGGAUCCUGCCGACCCCACCUGGAAUGUGGGCCAGGGCAGCUGGGAGCUGUUGGCCCAGGAAGCAGCAGCUCUGGAGACACAGGCUUGCUUUAGGAGUGGAAAAGGGACGUCUGUGCAGCCCUGGGAUGUGAUGCCUGCUCUCCUUUACCAAACCCCAGCUGGGGACCUUGACAAGUACAUCAGUGAAUUUCUCCAGCCGAACCGCCAGUUCUUGGCUCAGGUGAACAAGGCUGUCGAUGCCAUCUGCUCAUUCCUGAGGGAAAACUGCUUCCGGAAUUCUGCCAUCAAAGUGCUCAAGGUGGUCAAGGGUGGCUCUUUAGGCAAAGGCACAGCUCUGCGAGGCCGCUCAGAUGCGGAUCUAGUGGUAUUCCUCAACUGCUUCAGCCAGUUCACCGAGCAGGGCACCAAGCGGACUGAGGUCAUCUCAGAGAUCCGAGCCCAGCUGGAGGCAUGUCAGCAGGAGAUGCAGUUCGAGGUGAAGUUCGAGAUCCCCAAGUGGGAGAAUUCCCGCGUGCUGAGCUUCUCCUUGACGUCCCAGACGAUGCUGGAUCAGAGUGUGGACUUUGAUGUGCUGCCAGCCUUUGACGCCUUAGGCCAGCUGGUCUCCGACUACAGGCCCCCAUCUCAAGUCUACGUCGACCUCAUCCACAGCUACAACCACGCGGGCGAGUUCUCCACCUGCUUCACGGAGCUGCAGCGGAACUUUAUCAUCUCUCGGCCCACCAAGCUCAAGAGUCUGAUCCGACUGGUGAAAUACUGGUACCGGCAGUGCAACAAGAUGCCCAAGGGGAGAGGCUCCCUGCCCCCCCAGCACGGGCUGGAACUCCUGACGGUGUAUGCCUGGGAGCAGGGCGGCCAGGACCCCCAGUUCAACAUGGCCGAGGGCUUCCGCACUGUCCUAGAGCUGGUCAGCCAGUACCACCAACUCUGUGUCUACUGGACCGUCAACUACAAUGACAAGGACAAGACUAUCAGAGACUUCCUGAACCGGCAGCUUCGGCAGCCCAGGCCCAUCAUCCUGGAUCCGGCUGACCCGACGGGCAAUCUCAGCCACAAUGCCCGCUGGGACCUGCUGGCCGAGGAAGCUGCCGCCUACAUGUCUGCCCUGUGCUGCAUGAGCAGGGACGGCACCCCCAUCCGACCAUGGCCAGUGAAGAGCUCAGGACUGAUGCUUGUGGGCUGCAAACACCUGCCCUGCCAAGCAUGCACCAGCAGUUUCCUGGUUCUCGAAUGUGAGUUUUGGUUUCCUGUCUGCAAGCAAGGGAGUGGCUCCUUCUCCUCUCCCUUCCAUCCCCCAACACCACGGCCGCCAGCGGGAGCAAUGGGCAUCUGGGGGUCGCAUCUGUACUCCGUGCAGCCUGAGAAGCUGGACGAGCUGAUCGAGAACUUCCUGAGGCCCUAUGAAGAGUGCCAGAGACAGAUCCAUGACACGGUGAACACCAUCUGUGCCAUCCUGCAGGAAACGGAGCAGUUCCCCCCCACGAUAAGUGUGGUCAAAGGCGGCUCCUAUGGCAGGGAAACGAUGUUGAGGGGCAACUCCGAUGGGACGAUUGUCAUCUUUGUCAGUGACUUUGAACAGUUCCAGGAUCAGGAAAAAAAACGAGAUGAAAUCCUCACCAAGCUCUGGCUGUGUCUGACAGAGUGUCAGUUCACCAGGAAGAUGCCGGCCAAAAUGGAGGUCCAGAAGUCCCCCAGUGGGCUUACCUUCCAGCUGUCCACAAGAUGGCAGAACAUCACGUUCAAGGUGCUGCCUGCUUACAACGCUCUGGGCUUGAGCGAGAAGCCCACCCCCCAGACCUACCGAGAGCUCAGAAGAGCCCUGGACAUGACCAAAGCCCACCCUGGCGAAUUCUCCAUCUGCUUCGCCGAGCUCCAGCAGAGGUUUUUUCACAACCAUCCGAGAAAGCUGAAGGAUUUGAUCCUAUUGGUAAAGUACUGGUACCAACAGUGCCAGGAGAGGCUGAAAGGUCUGUCCCAUCUGCCCGUGUAUGCCUUGGAGCUUCUCACGGUCUAUGCCUGGGAACAGGGGUGCAGAGCAGAAAACUUUGACAUGGCAGAAGGCAUCCGAACUGUCCUGGGGCUAAUCAGACAGCAGGAGCAGCUGUGCAUCUAUUGGAUGGUCAACUACAACUUUGAGAAUGAGACAGUCCGGAACAUUCUGCUGAGCCAGCUGAGGUCACCCAGGCCGGUAAUCUUGGAUCCAGCCGACCCAACCAAUAACGUGAGCAAAGAGAAGGUGUGUUGGCAGCUGUUAAAGCAAGAAGCUUGGAACUGGUUGUCUUCUCUCAGCCCCCGUCAGUCACCUGGACCAUCAUGGAAUGUUCUGCCGGUGCCGCUGUUUGCCACCCCGGGCCAUCAUCUAGACAAGUUUAUCAAGGACUUUCUCCAGCCCAACAAACAGUUCCUAGACCAGAUCACCGUAGCUGUUAAAUUCAUCCGUGACUUCCUUCAAAAAAAUUGUUUUAGCCAUUCAAGGACGAAGGUCCAGAAGACUGUGGAGGGAGGGUCGACAGGCAAAGGCACAGCUCUGAAGACCGGCUCCGAUGCCGACCUCAUUGUGUUCACAGACUCGCUUAAAAGCUACACCUCCCAAAAAAACGAGAGAUGCUGUAUCAUCAAGGAAAUCCACACACAGCUAGUAGCCUGUCAGCGGGAGAAAGAAUUCGAAGUGAAGUUUGAGAUUUCAAAAUGGAAGGCUCCCAGGGUGCUGAGUUUCUCUCUGAAAUCCAAAGUGCUCAACGAAAGCGUGAACUUUGAUGUCCUGCCUGCAUUUAAUGCCCUAGGUCAACUGAAUUCUGACUUCCCACCCAGCCCCAAGGUCUACGUUGAUCUCAUCGAUCUGUAUAAAUCGUCAGACACCAUGGACGGAGAAUUUUCCACCUGUUUCACGGAGCUGCAGCGCAAAUUUGUUGUCUCUCGGCCCACUAAACUGAAGGAUCUAAUUCGUCUGGUGAAACACUGGUACAGACAGUGUGAAAGGAAACUGAAGCAUAAAGGGUCUCUGCCCCCGAAGUAUGCCUUGGAGCUGCUCACCAUCUACUCCUGGGAGCAGGGGAGUGGGGCAGAGAAUUUCGACACCGCGGAAGGUUUCCGGACGGUCCUGGAGUUGAUCACAAAAUAUCGGCAGCUCUGUGUCUUCUGGACAGUCAAUUACAACUUUGAGGAUGAGACUGUGAGGAACUUCCUACUGACCCAGAUCCAGAGGACCAGGCCCGUGAUCUUGGACCCAGCGGACCCCACCGGCGACGUGGGCGGAGGCGACCGAUGGUGCUGGCAUCUCCUAGCCAAAGAAGCUACCGAGUGGUUGUCCUCUUUCUGCUUCACAGAUGGGACUGGAUAUCCUGUGCAAUCGUGGAAAGUGCCAAUAGUGCAGACACCAGGCAGCUGUGGCAUGGGGAUUCAGCCUCUGGUCAAUGAGAUGUUCGCCUUCAGAAGUCCUAGAACCCUGAAUGGUAAUGCUAGAAGAGACUUCUGGAGGUCGUCCGGCAGCUGCUUCUUAAAGAUCCACUCUCCUCCAUUCCUCCUCUCGCUUCGCUGACUCCUCUCGAAACCAAGACCGCCCAGUCCUUCCCAGCACCACCCUGCUGGACCCUCGCUCUGCACAGGACCCGCCUUCCCAGACACACCCAUGCUCACCCAGCUUCACUGGCUCCAUCGUGUCUCUGUAGUCCCAGAGGGAAGCCCUUUACCCUGGGAUCCUAUAAUUUCAUGAUCUUGCUCUCACCCCCCUCCGUCAUUGCCCACCUCCUGCCCCUUUCCCUCUGCGCAUCGAGCCCUGUCUACACCUGCUGAGCCGAAGGUCUCCCAGCAAGUAGCUAGCCGAUGUCUUCUUAGCCCUUAAAACUUUCCAGAAGCUUGGAUUAUAACUGUUGCCUCACAUGCAUAAUAGCCUAUUGACUUUUCCUCCUGAGCCUACCCCCCACCACCACCAAAAUGCGUGCCUUCUGGCCGGAUCUCAAGGCUUUAUGCUCUGGCUUUAGCUUCAGAGAUACCUGGAUGUCUGCGUGUUUUAACCUCAAAUAUCCACUUUAAGCUUUACCACCCCCCAUUAUGCCACUACACCAACCACCACAGAAUGAAGAGCAUGUCCAGUCUUUGUCCCCAGCUCCCAGCCCAGAGCCUCAGGACCCAGGGAAUUUCCCGAUAGGAGAGUCUUUACCACCCCCAAGGAACCUCGUCCAGCCGUCCCUGAGCUUACGCGAAUGGGGUUUAGGGCCUUUGGUGAGAGUUUCCAAGGAGGGACUGGCCACCAGGCAUGUAAUGAGAGGGUAGAAGCUUUCAGUCCCAUCCCCCCAACCUCCCAAGAGCAGACUGAACUCAAGCACCUGGCUAAUGGUUUAAUUAAUCAUGCCUUUGUAAUGAAACCCCAAUAAAGACUCUGGACAGCAAGGCUUGGAA